AUGUCCCCCUCCUCAGACGGGCAGCUCCGCGUUCCGCCUGCCCAGCCCCAUGCGGUCGACGAGCAGGCCGAUGUAGGGCCCGACGACGGGGAUGUUGCGCGCGAAGCCGGCGAUGGUGCCGAGGAAGUCGCCAAAGAGGAUGACGAUGCCGUACAGCUCGACGACGAAGCCGAUCAGCGGCCAGCGCAGGAGGAUGAGCGCGAGCCCGCCGAAGAAGGCGGCCGUGCCCUUGGCCUUUUGCUUGCGCGCGAAGAAGAGGAGCGUCUUUUGGGGGCCGAUGAUGAUGGUGAGGCCGAUUAG